AUGACAGCGCCACGUGGUGGUGGCAGGGUCGCCACCGCCACCGCCGCCGCCGCUGCUGCCGCCGCCAGCGCCGCUAAUGAACCCAUAAAGCAUCGGCGCGCCGCGAUCGGCGCCCAGAUUGGCCCGGCCAGCCGUACGGCGGCGGCGGUCACUCGGCAGAUAGCAGCACGCGAGCCCAGAGCGGGGCGCCGCUACGUUUUUGUCGUGUCGCCCCGCACUGUUAAUGCGCCGAUAAGGACGGCACAUUACGCGGCGGCUUCUCGGCUGGCGGCUUACGAGCUGAGCCGGCAGAUACGGCUCGCCGAGCAGCGCGUCACCGCCGCCUGUCCGCUGGUCGGUGUCGCGGCCGUAUCUGACAGCCCGCCGCGGGUAAUGGUCAGCGCAGAUGAACAGCCGCGGCGGCCGACGGCCGGAUUAGACCAGUGCGCCCGUAACGAGCGCUGCCGCAGGGGAGGGACGUGGUCACGACGCGACGCGGCGGGCCACCAUUCCAGGAAACGUGUCCCGCACGGACGGCCGCGUUCCAGCCGGCGGCAGCUCCUGGAAGACUGGACGCCGGAGGCUGGAGGCGACGCUUUUACGCGGCUGGCUGCGCUUAAUUGGCUGUCGGCACGCCCGGCAGCGGCGCAGACGUCCCGACCACAGCCGUACGGCGCUGCCGGUCUCGCCUCGUCUGGCUUCGCCGCGUCGCGGGCUUCACAGCUGCGCGGCGGCAAAAAGCGCGAGGGCAGAGCGCCGAGAGCGCCGACACGCUCCAGGAAUUCCCGGGGGCUGCGCCACUUGCCGGGGCAGCGGCCAGUGGGCAGCUGUGGCGAAAGGCCGCGAUGA